UAGGCCGUGUUGCUAACAUAAAGCUAGCAUACGAACACAGCUAUCAUUGCCAUACUGAAACUGGAGGAGCAGCAAGACCAGCUCUCUAGAUAAAAUGGGACGACACUUUGGGGAUCUCGCCAAGAUGAGGCAUGUGAUUACCUACACCAUCUCCCCCUUUGAACAGAGGGCAUUUGCUAACUACUUUUCCAAGGGUAUCCCAAACGUCUGGAGACGGUUCAGAGCAUCGGUCUUCAAAUGGGCACCACCUGUGGUCAUUACGUACCUGACAUACACCUGGGCAAACCGUGUCCAUGAACAAGGCAAAAGAAAGAACAUCAGUGAUAUUGAGAAGAGUGCAGCCGAUGAGUAAAUCCAAUCAACAUCUCCUGGAGAACCCUGUCUCUUCAAGUUGUCUUUUUUUCCUGUAUGAUUACCUAAUAAAAAUAUUUAUGAAAAAGAA